ACAUACACUGUUGCCACUUUAAAAGCAGAACACAUUUAAUUCAGAAGACCACUGUCAUAUACAAUUGAUUACAGGCUACAACCCGGUUUCGUCAGAUGCUUUUAAACGUUGAACGUGGUCUCUGGAAUCAAUCCAUUCUCCCUCUGACGCAGUCCUGUGCGUAUGGUUUGAAUUCUGUAAUAGAAGCUGCGCUUUAUGUGUCCACUGCACGAGAGAAUUACUGUUUGUCCUUGCUGCGCAAUUGGAUUCGACUUGGAGAGACGUUCAGAGCACACCAAUCAAUCAGCACCGCAUAACCGAACAGCACCCGCUCUUUUUCCGCGUUUUCAUGGACACGUCCUGUCUUUUUUCCUGAGAACGUAGAACUGCCGGCGAAAAUUUCUGAUGGCAUCAACUGGCUUUUGGUCCCAGGAAGGUGAAAUCGGGCAUGAUGACGACGACCAAAGCCAUACCACCCCAAGAGCUUGGUGUCAGGCUGCCCAAAAAUUUACCGGAGACCUUGGAUCGAAAUUAUAUGCUCUGUUCAACAUUGGAGAGAGCGAAAAAACGGUCAAUGCUUCCGCCAAAGAAGUCGAGGGUGCGACAGAGAAUUGCAGCUGCAACAAACCCUGCGAUUGUUCUAAAGGAAACAUUGAUCUCUCUAAUCUGUACUCAACAGACCUAUUGCCUGCAUCAGACGGGGAUCUGGCAACCGUGACUUUUCUGCAGGAAGUUGUGGACGUAAUGCUGGCAUAUGUUGUGAAAUCGUUUGAUAGGUCAACGAAAGUGAUAGAUUUCCAUUACCCAAACGAACUGCUUGAAGCAAACAACUGGGAACUCUCAGACGACCCAGAAACACUAGAGGAUGUAUUAUUAAACUGUCGAGUAGCGCUGAAAUACGCAAUCAAAACAGGUCACCCCCGCUACUUCAAUCAACUUUCUACAGGAUUAGAUGUGGUUGGGUUAGCAGCAGAAUGGCUAACCUCCACAGCUAACACCAAUAUGUUCACUUAUGAGGUUGCUCCAGUGUUUGUGCUGCUGGAGUAUGUCACUCUGAGGAAGAUGAGGGAGAUCAUUGGCUGGCCAGAUGGGCAGGGGGAUGGAAUAUUCUCACCAGGUGGCGCCAUCUCUAAUAUGUAUGCCAUGCUGGUCGCGAGGUUCAAGAUGUUCCCUGAGGUGAAGGAGAAGGGCGUGUCCUCCAUCCCCAGCUUGGCUGCCUUCACGUCUGAACACAGUCAUUUUUCAAUCAAGAAAGGAGCCGCGGCUCUCGGGAUUGGGACAGACAGCGUCAUCUGCAUAAAGGCAGAUGAGAGGGGCAAAAUGAUGCCAUCAGACCUUGAGAAGAGGAUAGUCGAAGCCAAACAGAAGGGCCUGGUUCCGUUUUUUGUGAGCGCGACAGCGGGCACCACUGUGUAUGGUGCGUUUGACCCGCUCAACACCAUCGCCGACAUCUGCAAGAGGCACAACGUCUGGAUGCACGUGGAUGGGGCCUGGGGCGGAAGCCUCCUCAUGUCCCGCAGGCACAGGUGGAAACUGAACGGAGUGGAAAGGGCAAAUUCGGUCACGUGGAACCCUCAUAAAAUGAUGUCUGUCCCACUACAAUCCUCUGCCCUCCUAGUCAGAGAAGAGGGAUUACUGCAGACCUGCAACCAGCUGCACGCCUGCUACCUGUUCCAGAAGGACAAGCACUACGACCUGUCCUACGACACGGGCGACAAGGCGCUGCAGUGCGGACGACACGUCGACAUCUUUAAGCUGUGGCUCAUGUGGAGGGCUAAGGGCACAUUUGGAUUUGAAGCUCAGAUUGACAAGUGUCUGGAGCUCUCUGAAUACCUGUACAACAAAAUCAAGGACAGGGAAGGGUUUGAACUGGUGUUUGAAGGGAAACCAGAGCAUACCAAUGUGUGUUUCUGGUACCUUCCACCUGGGGUUCGCUACUUGGAGGACAAGGAGGAGAAGUUGCGGUGCCUGCACAAGGUGGCUCCCGUGAUCAAGGCUAGGAUGAUGGAGCAUGGGACCACCAUGGUCAGUUACCAGCCGCAGGGAAACAAGGUCAACUUCUUCCGAAUGGUCAUCUCCAACCCAGCGGCAACUUUCGAGGACAUCGACUUCCUCAUCGAAGAGAUUGAGCGUCUUGGACAAGACCUGUAGGUUAGCAUUCAGAAAGAAAAAGCAAACCCUUGAGACGUGCUGUGGUGUUGUGAAUGUCUUGUCCAGUCUUACUGUGAGUAACAUUGUCCAGUGACUUAUGUCAGUUCUUCUGUCCAAGUGUUGUCUUGACUUGAAUAGCCAGUAUGUCCUUCAUUAGUACUGUAAGUGGCAUAAUAUAUUCAGACAGAUUGACUCAGUAGCAAGCAUGGGACCAAACUUUAAACUUGCAAGGAAAAACACACAUGUGCAUGCAAGCACGAACACACGCAUGCACACUCGCAUGCACGCGUGCACAUAUACACACACUGUCGUGGAAAUUACACUAAACUAUAUUCCUUAAUAAAAGCGUUCCACAAGGCAGAAUGAACAAAGUUUUUUGAGGUCUCAAGGGAAGAAAUCCAGCUGCUCUCAGAUAAACAGUGAGAUUUGUUCCAAAAAUUGUUUGUUCAUAGCACAUUUUUAUGCAUUUCAAGCCAAAGCAUAGUUAUAUAAAACAGGUUUUCGUUGGUUCAUUUUUCCGGAUACAGAUUACAAGUUAAGACAAUUUUGGUUAUUGUACUCGUGCCUAAAUCUCAAACAGAAAAGCUUUGAUGGGUAACAGCCUUCAGGUCUGGUGUUCAAGGUGACCAGACGUUGAACGUACAUAAGGCCUCCUGCUUCUCAUGAUAUUUUCGGAUUUGGCAAAAAAUUAUUUCCUGUUAUCUCUUAAGAAAAAGGAGUAAAACUUAGCACUCACUAAUGGUUAUAAAAAGAACAACACACAAAUAUAACUUUUCUCUCACAACACACACACACACACACACACACACAUACAUGUGGAGGUGUAUCCAAACUCGAAAACCGUAUUCACAUGCAUGGUAAAUGCCUUGAAGAGAGAUUCGACAAUUCAAUGAUUCAAUGAGCACUAAAAAGUAAGCACUAAAUGGACGUGAAACAAGGUAAAUUUCCUGCAGACAAUAAGACACAAGUCUAAAGCAUUUUUGACACAUUGACAAAUGCAUUUAUUAAAAUGCACUUAUGUGCUUUGAAUGAUGUUUAUAUAUAUGAUAAAAUUAUGAUGAAAUACUUAAAAUACAUAUUGCUCCCUAAUGCAAUCAUCAUUCAAAGCAGAUUAAUUUAAGAGGGUGACUGUAGCCACUGCAGUUGUAUUGAUGUGCCUGUUAGAGAACACAAAACUGAUGGAAGUCUACCUAUUAAGAGCACAAAUGACUCAAUGUGGAAUCAUGGUGUUACAUGUUACAUACUGCAUGUGUCAUACUGUAAGCCUUUCAAAAUGCUCCUGUCUUAAGAAGCAAUUGAUAUGCACACUGUUACAGGUGCACGGCUACUAGAUUAAUUGAAUACUGUGCUAUCUGUCUAGUAGACUACAUUUGCUGAAACUUGAUAGUUUGUGCAAAUAUGUGAAGAAAAUGUGUUUUUGUCUGUUUAUGAUUGUACAGCCUUAGUAUAAAAUGUCAGAAUUGUAUGGUUCCCCCAACAGGAUUGUGCACUUUAGUCCAUUAUUAAAAUAACUGUAGAAUAUGUGUGUAAUAUACUUGCCUGAUUGUAUUUUGAGGUAAAAACUGUGAGUGAUUAAAGUGAAUUUGUUGCAGUGUUAAAA